AUGGCUCGUGUCUAUGCCGACGUCAACCAGAAUAUGCCCCGCGCAUACUGGGACUACGAUUCUGUUAACAUUAGCUGGGGCGUUCUCGAGAACUACGAGGUGGUCAGGAAGAUUGGCAGAGGAAAGUACUCCGAGGUGUUCGAGGGCAUCAACGUGGUUAACUACCAAAAAUGCGUCAUCAAGGUGCUCAAGCCUGUUAAGAAGAAGAAGAUCAAGAGAGAGAUCAAGAUCCUCCAGAACCUGGCAGGCGGCCCCAACAUCGUCGCCUUGCUUGACGUUGUGAGGGACAGCCAGAGUAAGACUCCGUCUCUCAUCUUCGAAUACGUCAACAACACCGAGUUCCGCACUCUGUACCCCAGGUUCAACGACUUUGACGUCCGCUACUACAUCUUCGAGCUCCUUAAGGCCCUCGAUUUCUGUCACAGCAAGGGCAUUAUGCACCGCGAUGUGAAGCCUCAUAACCUUCGCCUUAUCGACUGGGGUCUUGCCGAGUUCUACCAUCCCGGCACCGAGUAUAACGUCAGAGUCGCCUCCCGCUACUUCAAGGGUCCGGAGCUUCUGGUUGAUUUCCAGGAGUACGACUACAGCUUGGACAUGUGGAGUUUGGGAGCCAUGUUCGCGUCCAUGAUCUUCCGCAAGGAGCCCUUCUUCCACGGUCAGAGCAACACGGAUCAACUAGUCAAGAUUGCUAAGGUCCUCGGCACUGACGAGUUGUUCGACUAUCUUGACAAGUAUGAGAUCGAGCUGGACACUCAGUACGACGACGUCCUCGGCCGCUUCCAGAGGAAACCCUGGCACAGCUUCAUCAACGCUGAAAACCAGCGCUUCGUGAGCAACGAGGCUAUUGACUUCUUGGACAAGCUGCUGCGUUACGACCACAACGAACGUCUUACCGCAAAGGAGGCUAUGGCCCACCCUUACUUCGCCCCUGUCCGCGAUGAGGCCACGCGCACGCGCUAUCUGGCCGGCGAGACUAUCAACUAG